AUGCUUAUCGGCAUCUGCGGUGGCAUAUGCGCCGGCAAACACUCCGUCCAGGACUACUUGAUCGAGCAUCACGCCUUCAAGCCCCUUAGACUACAACGAACCAGUUCAACUCCAAGUGUCGAGAAGUCCGCAUCCGAGGCCAACGUGCCUGGACUGGGCGAAGAUGCUUCUGCACUGUCAUUCCCAUCUCCCGAAGCUCUGCUCGACUUCGUGACGAAGCACUGGCAGGAGCACUUCGUGACGACGUCCAUCUACGACGAACACACCGUCGAAAUUUUCGCCAACAGGCCUCUCUUCAUCCUAGUCCAUGUAGACGCCCCCAUAUCCGUCCGCUGGCAACGCUUCAAAAACCGCUGCGCAGCCGCCGCCCUCACGCCACCUACCCUCGAACAAUUCGUCCUCCGCAACGACGAGCACCUCUACUCCCCCUCAUCCGGUCUCGCCUCUAUCGCCUCCCGAGCCCAAAUCAAACUCCUCAACAACACCACCUCACUACCCUCCCUCCACGCCUCCCUCACCACCCUCAACCUCCCCGACCCCUCCCGCCUCCGCCCAACCUGGGACCACUACUUCAUGACCCUCGCCUCCCUCGCCGCCCGCCGCAGCAACUGCAUGCGCCGCCAAGUCGGCUGCGUCCUGGUGCGCGAGAAGCGCGUCAUGGCGACCGGCUACAACGGCACCCCGCGCAACAUCACCAACUGCAACGAAGGCGGGUGUCCGCGCUGCAACAGCGGGCAAGCGGGCGGGACGAGCUUGACGAAUUGUCUUUGCAUUCAUGCGGAGGAGAACGCGCUUCUCGAAGCCGGAAGGGAGAGGGUGGGGCCGGGGGCGGUGUUGUAUUGUAAUACGUGUCCGUGUCUGACGUGCACGAUUAAAAUUAUUCAGGUGGGGAUCACGGAGGUGGUGUAUAGUCGGAGUUAUUACAUGGAUGUUGACGCGGCGAAGUUGUUGCAGCAGGCUGGAGUGAAGUUGAGGCAGUUUUCACCGCCGAAGGAGGGGCUGGUCAAUCUGUGUGAUGAGGAGCCGAAGGCAGUGACGAAUGGCCAUGCUUGA